AUGCUCCUAAAGCAGGGCAAAGAAUUCAGGGUGGGAGGUCAAGUUCACUGCCUCUUGCUGACAUUGCCGAACUCGUUUGCUGAGAGGACGUUUCUUGUCCCCCUAUUGAAAACAGCCGUCGACUACGCGGCGGUUUCUGAUAACUCAUUUAUGUGUGGGCUUGCAUGGUGCGCAAAACUUACCGCGCAAGAGGAACAUACGAAGGUAUUACUUGUAAACACUAGUUUUACAGGUUCGGACACUGAAGACCCAAUCGCCGUUUCGAUGACAGCUGCAACAGAAGGGUGGUUGGAGGUGAUCAAGGUACUUCUCUCCGAGAAGCCAAUGCUAAUCAAUUCUAAAGACGCGCACAACAGAACGCUACUUAUGGGGGCUGCUAUGGCCAACCGGACGGAAAUGGUCAAGCUGUUGUUGAUGCGACAGGACGUCGAGACCGAGGUUCAGGACACUCAUGGAUUCACUGCACUAUCUCUAGCUGUCGACCAUUGUAAUGAGGAGACAGUUAAGUUAUUGUUGCCCUACGGCGAUGUCAAUGUCAACACAAAGAAUCUCAACGAGACAACACCCCUCCAGCUGGCUUCAGAGCUUAGAAGCGCAGGCAUCGUGAAGCUACUCCUUACCCGAGAGGAUAUUCAGGUCAACGCUGCCGAUAACGAUGGUAUGACUGCACUGACUAGUGCUGUACGCCAUGUGUCUAAGGAUAAAUCACGAGAAACGCUGGGGAGGGAGACAAAACUCUUACAGAAGCAAUUACGAACAGUCCAGACCGGGCAAGAAGUCAGCUAUAUCAAGGCCCUGUUCUUUUUCGAAAAGCACAACCCAAGGAUCAUUGCAAUAUCACCACCGGUUCGCUUUCUCCGUCAAGAGAAGCGAACCGAACAGCACGAGGCGAAACUUGUCACACGGACGACGCCGAGGGGGAUGCUGAGAAUACGCAAGUACAAAACAUACGCGAGGUCUCACCGUUACCCUGCCUAUUACCAAACAGGAUUGAUAACUUGA